UAAUAUUCAGCUGUGCAAUCGGCUGACAACGAUUCCACUGGUUCAGUAACUUUUUGUAUUCCUGUUUGUACGACAAAAAAAAUUCUUAAGCGACGUAUAAUUGUUAGUUUGUACAUAAAAUACGUACACAUAAAUUUUGUGCAUCUGAAUAUAUACCAGCAAGAUGCUGAAUGAAGAUAAUUUUGUAAUUUCAUUGGAGGAAGAUGAAGAUGAUAGCAUCAGUAGACCGCCACCACAGCCAUCAUCGACGAGAAAAAGAGUAAUCGGUAGAAUAGAACAACAACGACGACAACAACAACAGCAGCUACAGCAGCCACAAAAACGUCUCUACAGAACGCAAGAAUCGAGAGAUGAGACACAAACAACUCUUGAUCUCGAAAGCCCUGCUGAAUCUCUUGAAUGUACGACAUUUCCUGAGAGCCCAGAGCUAAGCAAACGAAAGAAAAAACAUCGCGAUAAAUCUCAAAGUCGGAAGAAAAAGAUGAAACGUCCUCCACUGCUUCAUCGUCCAAUCAUUGAACGUAUGGGAAUUCCACUCGUGAAAUUCAGAACUUCUGCCAACAAACAUUCACAGUCGAUAAGUAGGUAUCGGAGAUCUGUGAAGUUGAUAACUGGAAAGAUCGUGAAGGCCGACAAAACCUGGGUAGGUGUUAUGAUAACUCUGGGAACCAUUGACAUGGUUCUUAAUGUGGCUAAUUUUGCUCAGCUGACUGAUUCGAACUUGCAGUACUGCCUAGUCAUUGGUCCUCCAAGGACCUUUCUCUGGCAACUUUUGCUUGCUUUCACAGUAGUUAGCUGGUUCCUAUACGUGUUUGAAAGUUUGAACAGCUUUUCGUUGUUGUACAGUCCAUCACGCGAAACUUAUCUACCCAUCCCGUACGACCUGAUGAUUACGCUAACAUUCAAACACAUUCCUCUUUCUACGAUUGCAUACUUCAUCAGUAAGAGCAGAAGGGAUUACACAACUGGAAUUGAAUCGAUAUGCAACGCUUUCAGGAUAAUCUACAUCUUAACACGCAUAAUCUGGUUCGCGCAUAUAGAAGGUAGGAAGAUAAGAAAAAAUGAUAAAUACGUCAUACAGAGCACAUUCAUCUUCGUCUGCUGUCUGUUAUUUUGCGUCGCCACAUCCUUCGCGGUACAAAACUGGAGGAAGGAGCCUACCAUGAAACUGAUGCGAUACCAUCUCAUCAACGUUUCCAUCGUCAUGCUGCACGAAAACACGGUUCUGAACUACACGAGCGAGGAUAAAUUUCCACCUGAGAGGUUAAAAUUUAAUUUCAGCGUCAAAACUUUACUCUACGAUCACGGCUACGACAUCGAGAAUCCCUGGCUAGUUCGGUCGCUCCUGAUCAUAACGACGAACAACGGAAGUUACGGCUCUUACAAUUGCAACAGAACAAUUAACACUCCGGAACUUGACGAAUGCCAACAAGCGGAUCACUUAAUUUUCCAUUUCAUGUACAGAGUACCAUCCUUCGUCUCGCCAUACGGAGAAAUCAACUACAACUACGCUAAAUUUAAAAUGACGACACAGCAAAAAUCUGGAGAAAAUGACGCAAGUAAUGAUAAAAAGCACGAAUGCACCGACGCCAGUGAACAGAUCCUCAACGGAUACCAACUCUAUUACCUGGAAUUCAGCAGAGCCGUCGACAAAAAUGGAACCAGUGAGGUGUUCGUGACGGCACCUUUCAGAAAGUCUUGGACUCACCCCAGACCGAGGUACAACCCUGAGAUAACCGUUUGCGACAAGGCCGACAAAUUUUAUCACCAGCUAUUUAAAAAAUUUAAAGUGACUAAGAAGAAAAAGAAUAUCGGUAAAACCAUUUACUUUCCAGGUGAAAAUUAUUAAUUCGCAUAAAGUGACAGCCAGUGUAACUCUGAACUGUUUCUCUAGCAAAUAUAUUUAUACUUUGAUUUGAAUUUUUAUUAAAAUCUGUUAUUAAACGAAGG